AUGCCAAAGAAGGAUGCUGCCCCUGCUAUUCCGGAUGUUCAUUGGUCUAAAGACAUGACAUGGAGCCUACUGUCAGAGGUUAAAAAGGACAAUAACAGGCUGGUGUUGCUUGGCAAGCAGGAAAAGAAGGAGAAUAUGUCUGGGGACAGCAAGAUAACAGUAUUUCAAUGGAUCAGAGCUGUUGUCUUACCUGAGAGCUACAAGCUCAAUCUGACAGCAACAGGCAAAACUGUCAAAUGGAAGUAUAACCACUUAACACGGAAAUAUCGGCAACAUGGCAAACAUCUCAGAACCACUGGUGAGAGGAUUCGUGGUACUGAUGUGGAAGAUAACCCCUCUGAAAAUGAGUUCUUCAACUCUUAUGUCACUGUGUUGGGCCAUAUGGCAAAAAAAACUCUUCACUUUCAGCCUCCAAGCAAUAAUGAGGGUGAUGAUGUUCCCCCGUUCACGCCAUCUCAGCACAUGCAGAUGCAGUUACUGCAUGAUAUUCUGACAGCAGCAGUUCCCUAUCAUGAGCUGUCUCCAUCCUUUGAGUCCUCACAAGACCCCUUUGCUCUUGAUAUGUUUCAUGAUGAUCUAGGAUAUGAUGAUGGCGAGAAGGAGAAUGCUUCACUGCUGUCUCAAGUUAUACCAGUGAGACAUCCUCCAAAACCCUCAUUGAUGUCUCAGGAUAUUCUUGAGAGGGCAAAGCAGCGCAUUACCAAGGUUCCGAAGAAGCAAGGCAUGGAGGAAGUGAAAAGCAUGGAUGCUAUCAAUGCUCGUGCCGAUACAGAGAUGAUGCUUAAGAGCCGUGAUCUCCUUCUCCAAGAGUUUACUGUUGGUAUCUGA